ACCCUGAUCUAUUGCACGCUAUAGUCAUGAGUUAGCAGGAGUAGCUACGAGUCAAUAAUGUUUUUGAAGUGGAGCAGAAAACGUAUUAAGUCACUAUUAACUACAGUCUAAAUACUUAAACAUCUCAGCUCUGAACCAACAUCACUGUACUUGUAGUGAAGUCAGGCGGGAUUCAAUACUCAACGUUCAGAGAGGCCAUACGAGAAAAGAGCCAUUGUCAAGUCGUUCAAAAUGAAUUUCGUUUUCGUGGUCGCUUUCAUGGUAAUCUAUUUGGCGGUUGGUGUGCAUUCGGCGCCCAUUGCUUACAGCGUUUCCAAUGAUAAACUGACCUUGAACAUUCCUAUAGAAGACCUUUGGGACGGUUUGUCUAAGGGUCACAGAUAUCCCAUCAUUAACAGUGGUGACACUGUCGCUCUGCGGUCUGCCUACACUGCCUCGACGUCUUGGUUGCACUGCCAUAAAUCUCACGGCGACUGGCAUUCCUGCCAAGGCAGCACUAUCCUCACCUCCACAGGAUGGACCUCCUGCUCAACGCUAACGUUUACUAUCACUGCCAGGGGAAAGUCGGAUGGAGAACCAAUCAACAGUGGCGAUACAGCGUCACUCAGUUCCAACAGUUAUGGUAGCAGUUACCGACUGUAUUGCUCUGCUUCUUCCAGCACCCAUUGUACAGUACAAUCAACCACCAGUUCCAUGACAGGAGGCGCCUGGCUGAGCUAUUCGUACGUCACCUUUGAGAUCUACUCCAAGAACGCUGAUGAUGGGAACCCUGUGCAAUAUGGUGACGUGGUGGGCCUCAAAUACCCAUACAGUUCUAACAGCGCCUGGCUGACUCAGGACAGCGGCAGAUUUUAUCCUCGUAGCUGCAGCAGCAGCAGCAAAACAUCAUGCGCAGCUGAAAACUCAAACACUGGAUUUAAUAUCUUCAAGAAAUUGUCAUGAAGGGAUAAGUUUUUUAGAGCUGAGGGUCCAAAAUCCUCAAACAAACACUCAAGUAUUAACGGUGGUACUGUAGAUUCGUUUGCGCUAUCAUUAACGGACUAAAAGUCUUAACUUAAGUAUCGGGAAAAUUCCCCCGGGGAAGAACUCCCAUAUAAAAAGGACGGGGAUGCUCAUCGUACAUUUUAGGGGUUAAAAACGCGGUUUUGGUAAC